AUGUCGGCGGUAACCAAGAGCUUUAAGAACGCUUUCCAGGUGUUGACUCCCAUGCGGGAGUACGGCGUGGGCAAGCGAGUGACGCGCGGGAUCUGGUCCAACUACGAGGAGCCUUCGUACUGGGAGGUGGUGCGAAUUCGGCCAUCGCUCGACCUUAAGCACGGCAAAGUCUAUGGCCGAUUCACCUUCCGUGGCAAGACGGACCCCAAGAUAAAGCGCGUCAAUGGCGCGUUAAAGAGGGACUGGCGCAUUGUAGAGACGGCAUAG